AGCGUGCGGCAGUGCCUCCCCGCGGCCUCCUCAGCGCCAGCACCCGCGCCCGCCUCCGCUCAGCGUCGCUCUCGCCGCCCCUUCAUAAACCGGAGGCGCCUCACACUCGCACGCAGUCACGGUUCGGACACGCUCACCCGUGCAUUCAGUCGACACGCGUCUCACAUUCACCUCAAAAGACACCGAUACUCGAGUCGUCGUCAGUGACAUCAGUAAAGUGAUAAUGGCAGACAACGAAUGGGGAUAUACCUGUGAAAACGGUCCGGCGACAUGGAUAGAGAAGUUUCCUCAAGCACGUGGCACUCGACAAAGUCCCGUCGAUAUUGUGACUUCUCGCGUCAAAAGUGGAGCUUCCCUGCCGCCAUUGAAAUGGCGGUACUCUGUCAAUCAUCCUCGUUCCAUCGUCAAUCCUGGCUACUGUUGGCGUGUCGACGAAAACGGCUAUGAUUCAGAAUUAAAAGGUGGACCUCUCAACAACGAUGUUUACAAAUUACAACAAUGGCAUUGCCACUGGGGAGCGCUCAACGGGGAGGGCUCAGAACAUACAGUGGACGGUCGCUCGUUCUCCGGAGAACUCCACCUGGUUCACUGGAACACAAGCAAGUACCACAGCUUCGGGGAGGCGGCAGGAAAACCAGAUGGACUAGCCGUUUUAGGAGUCCUAUUAAUGGUUGGCUCGAAACACCGAGAGCUCGAUAAAGUUGUACAGUUACUGCCUUUCGUGCAACACAAAGGCGAUAAAGUUACAUUUUGCGAGCCCCUCGACCCUGCCAAGCUGCUACCAACCAAGACAGCUUACUGGACGUACCCAGGGUCUUUGACAACACCACCGUGCACGGAGUCGGUGAUUUGGCUCCUCUUCAAAGAACCCGUACAAGUUUCCGCUGAACAGCUCUCUUUGAUGCGGAAGUUGAAAUGCGGUGAAGCGUCAUGCGGCGUUGAGGCGAUGGAGCUGCUCCACAAUUACCGGCCCACGCUGCCCCUCGGCAACAGGGAGUUGCGCGAGUACGGCGGCAACUAGCGAUAUCACAAACUGCACAUUAACUGACGUCCUCAAGUAACGGGCUCGUUGUGGGUCCACCAAACACAUUAACAACUUGUAUGACAUAUUGGCGUAUGACUGUUUGCGUUUGUCAAGGUAACCACAAUACGCGAAGGUCAUUAUAUAAAACGCCCGAGGCAAAUAGUUCGCGAACCAAACAUGAUCUGUUACAAGAUUCAAUUUAUAGUUAAGCCGAAUUUGUAAAAAUGUGCCUAGUGAACCUGUCCACCUUUUGUAGCGCCGGGCUAAAUAUUUUUAUAAUAAAUAUCAGUAUACAAAGGUACCUUUAGGAUCUCGUAUAUUGUCUACAAUUGCGCAAUGUGCUCUAAUUGUAAUGUAACAUAAACAUUUGUAUGUACUUUAAUUAAUGUUUCCGUCACAUCUUUGUCGUGGCUGCAUAUCGUGUUCUCAACGAUUUCGGUUAAAAAUUUGAAUUCAGAAAUCUCUUUAUGCCAACUUUAUAUAUAAAAUUAUAUUUAAUGGAAUGACCGUUUUGUUCAAACUGGAGUGUCCAAACAGAUCUUUUAUUAAAAGUUUUUUUAGCAUCAUUUACACCAUUUUGUUAAUCAACCCAGCUCCGGUGCUAAGAGUGAUAAUUCUACAACGACAUGCCAUAUUAUAUGUUGUUUUAUUAAAAAAGACACACAGGGUGGAUAUUUGGAACAGGGCCAUAAGUAUACAGCGUUAAAGCUACAAAAACACGCAUCUAUGUACAUAUGUACGUGAUGGAAUAGGUAUGUUCCGUAAUAGAGUUGGACGACUCGGUUAAAAUGAAUAGUACUAAAAUUUUAAUUUUAAAUAGUAGGAAUAUACUAUAUCUCACAAGAUACACAGCAUAUCUGAAAAAGAAUUUAGAUUUUUCCAACAAACUGUUUUGAAAAGUUAAACGGGGGCACUAUACUUAAUACUUUGAAACGUAAUAAUAAUCAUUUUUUUAAAGUACAUCGUGACCGCUUCUGUGCU